ACAGGUUCUGUGCAGAGAGGGGCUGACUGGGUGCUGCUACUGGGAGGUGGACUGGGAAAACAUUUCUUUAUUUGGUGUUGUUGGAGGUGUUUGCUACAGAGGGAUGCCAAGAAAAGGAAACGGUGACCAGUCCAAGCUAGGAGCGAAUAAACUGUCCUGGUGUUUAGGAUACUACCAGAAGUCUGCAGUAGGUUCUGCUCUCUCUGCAGGACAUGAUAAUCAGAACCACAGUUUACCUGUUCCUCCUCCUCUCUUCACCCGUCUGGGAGUGUAUCUGGACUGGUCUGCUGGCACUCUGUCUUACUAUGAGGUCUCAUCUGACACUGUGAGUCACAUCUACACCUUCCACACCAAGUUCACUGAGCCUGUUUACCCAAUCUGCAUGACUGAGGAUGAAUACACCCCGUCUCUGUCUCUGUGUCUGUGAACUUAUCAGCACAUGAUUCAGUUCAGAUUCAGUUCAGUUCACUGAAAUCACUGAAUCAAAUGUUUUGAUUGUGAAGCGUCAUCAUGUCAGUCACAUAACAGUGUUAAAUAAUACAACACUUCUUUAUGUGAGAAACAGCAACAUGUAAAAUAUCUACACAGAAAGUUCAACACAAGACCCCAUUAUCAUUAUAAUUGCCAUUAUUAUUGUUGUUGUUGUUGUUGUUGUUGUUGUUGUUGUUGUUGUUGUUGUUGGGACCCACAGAUGAAGUCAUUCAUUGUGGAUUUAAAACAGACUCUGAACUGAACCCAUUCUUCACAACGAGCCCCUGAAUGCACCAUUCCUGCUCUGAUCACUGCAGCAGACCAGGAGUGAGUCAGCCGGACCGACCAGAGCUCAGUCAGAGACCAGGGGGUUUGAAGGGACUGGCAUCAUUUGUCUCUGGGGACAGAACUGAGGAUAAACAGGAAGAGAAUUGUCCUCAGGUGACAUGGCGGUGGCUGCUCUGGGUCGACCUUUCACUUUGGGAAUGUUGUACGACGGUCGGAAAGAUGAGCUGAUACCAGGCUCGACUUUGUGGGAUGAAACAACUCUACAGAACAACACAGGCAGGAGUUCUCAAUAUAGUAGUGAAUUUGAAAUAACUGCAUCUGACUCCAUUGAGUCCAAGUCCUCUCUGAUGGAUAUUGAAGCUUCUCUGAAAGUCAGUUUCCUGUGUGGACUGAUUGAAGUUGGAGGAUCUGCCAAGUAUCUGAAUGAUACGAAGAAAUUCAAGAAUCAGAGCAGAGUGACGUGUCGUUACAAAGCUACCACACACUUCAAUCAGUUGUCAGUGACUCAAGGUGAAACCAUGAACCCCCAACAGAUAGAGGUCAUCCGGAAGGGCACGGCAACACAUGUAGUCACAGGAAUCCUUCAUGGGGCAAAUGCUUUCUUUGUGUUUGACAGUGAGAAGUUGGAAGCCAGCAGCGUUCAGGACAUCCAGGGCCACAUGGAGGCUGUGAUCAAGAAGAUCCCCUCAUUUAAUAUUGAGGGUAGCAUUACCGCUCAGCUGACUGAAGAAGAAAAAGCCCUGACCAACAAAUUCUCCUGCAAAUUCUACGGAGACUUCAUUCUUGAAAGAAACCCUACAUCAUUUGAAGAUGCAGUGAAGACCUAUGCAGAACUCCCAAAGCUGCUGGGAGAAGAUGGAGAGAAGAGUGUUCCAGUGAAGGUCUGGAUGAUGCCUCUGAAGGUCUUUGACACGACUGCAGCUGAGCUGAUGAAAGAGAUCAGUGUUGGAUUAGUGUGGAAGCUGCAAAAUGCUCUCGAAGAUUUAAGAGAAAUACAAAUGAGAUGUGACGAUUCUCUGGAAGACACAGUGGUACAGAAUCUUCCACAGAUCAAAAAAAUGUUGAACAAGUUCCAAAACUGUUGUGAUCGUUAUGUAUCUAACCUCCAGAUGAACGUGGCGAAGAAACUUCCCUCCAUCCGUGAUGGUGAAGAAGACGAGAGCUCAGUAAAGAAACUCUGUGAAGACAGAAACAAGUCACCAUUCAGUCAUGAAAAACUAGACGACUGGCUGAAUCAUAAAGAGAGAGAAAUCAACGUCAUCAGGUCCUGUGUGGAAAUGAUGAAGGGAACAAAGAUCGUCCAUAAUGAGUCAGAGCUGGACAGAGAGGUUCUUGCUGCAGGUGUCGAUGAUGCUCUGUGCUUCGUCUUCACCUCCCUGCAGAGUGCCGACCCCGUCCUGCAUGAGAUGGAUAAUUACCUGGAUUCAGUUACAGGAAGUACCAAUGAAGACCUGGAUUCAGUUAGAGGAAGUACCAGUGAAGUCCCAUGGUACUAUUCAGAUGAAGUUUUAACCAAAUUGAGAGAAAAAGCCAAAUCUUUCCAAGAUAUUGCCAAAUCUUUGAAGAGCUUCCGUUUCCUGGUAGCGGCCAUCAGAAAUGAGAAAUACACCGGAGCAACAAUCUACCACUACAAGAACGGCAUUCUGCACACUGAGGAUUUUAAUGUCAUCCUUGAUGUGGAGACUGUCACAGACAGAAGAGCUUUACUCUGGUACGCCUGUGAUCUCACUCUGGACCCAGACACAGUAAACCACCAUCUCACUCUGUCUGAGGGAAACAAGAAGGUGACAGCUGGACAAGAACGACAGUCGUAUCCUUACCACUCACAGAGAUUUGACUGUUGGCCUCAGGUUCUGUGCAGAGAGGGGCUGACUGGGCGCUGCUACUGGGAGGUGGAGUGGAGAGGUUUUUUGUCUAACGUCAUUGGAGGUGUUUGCUACGGAGGGAUGCCAAGGAAAGUAAACGAUGACCAGUCCAGGCUCGGAGGGAAUAAACUGUCCUGGGGUUUAGCACUCUACUAUUACUCUGGUGGUCUUUAUGCAGAACAUGAUGAUCAGAAACAUCAUUUACCUCGACCUAUUCCCUUCACCCGUCUGGGAGUGUAUCUGGACUGGUCUGCUGGCACUCUGUCUUACUAUGAGGUCUCAUCUGACACUGUGAGUCACAUCUACACCUUCCACACCAAGUUCACUGAACCUGUGUACCCAAUCUGCAUGAUUGAGGAUGAAUACACCCCGUCUCUGUCUCUGUGUCUGUGAACUUAUCAGCACGAUUCAGAUUCAGUUCAAUUCACUGAAAUCACUGAUUCAAAUGUUUUGAUUGUGAAGCGUCAUCAUGUCAGUCACAUAAGUGUUAAAUAAUACAACGCUUCUUUGUUUGGUGGUCUUUAGUUCAUAUGUGAUCAUGUUUGAGUAUCUUUAGUUCACGUCAUCAUGUAUCAUUUCUACUUUUUGAUCACAUUGAAUUUUUUACGUGUAACUUUAAGUAGAGUGAACUCCAUGCUGAUUGCUCCUAAAGCUAUGAUAAAUGUGUAUUUGCUAACAGUUAAUGGCAGACAGUUGGUAGGAGGGUAGUAAACUGCCACAGGGCCUCAGAUGGGAACAGAGCAGACCUGAGAUGAGAGCGCUCCUAGUUGAAACCAACUUUUGUCCUCUGUACUGUGCUCCGAGCAUUAAUAAAGUGUCACAUUACUGGAGGAGA